UGCGCAGGCGCAGAUUAUUGCGGGAAGUGCUCAGAAAGCAGAGGCAAGUCAUUUGACAGCCUCUCAUUUGAAAGUUAUAUUUCUCAAUUCAGCGACUCGACUUUUGGACAUUAGUGAGCAGAAACUGCAGUGCCUGUAAUCCGAACAUGCCAAAGAAUAAAGGUAAAGGAGGUAAGAAUCGGAGACGUGGUAAGAACGAGAACGAGUCAGAAAAGAGAGAGCUGGUUUUCAAGGAGGAUGGCCAGGAAUAUGCUCAGGUGAUAAAGAUGCUGGGAAAUGGACGGCUCGAGGCCAUGUGCUUUGAUGGGGUCAAACGGCUCUGCCACAUCCGAGGGAAGCUCCGCAAAAAGGUCUGGAUCAACACAUCUGAUAUAAUCCUUGUUGGUCUUAGAGAUUACCAGGAUGUCAAGGCAGAUGUCAUUUUAAAGUACAAUGCAGAUGAAGCCCGCAGUCUUAAAGCCUACGGAGAGCUUCCAGAACACGCUAAAAUCAAUGAAACAGACACAUUUGGACCUGGAGAUGACGAUGAGAUCCUGUUUGAUGAUAUUGGAGAAAACGAUGAUGACAUUGAUGACAUCUAACUCAGGACAGCUGGUGGGUUAUAUUGUUUACACUCAGAGGAAAAACACAUCCUUGUUUGGGGAAAAAACUGCAACUCGGGCAUAACGGAUGCCUCACAUCGCACUGCAGGCUCCUUUAGAGAAACACUCCAGAGGCUCAUUGCUUUUCAUUUCUUCCCUGCAUAAUCUGACGAACACAUACAUCUCCCAUUUACUGACAGCCACUCAAAAUAGACUGCAUUUUUUUUGUUAUCCUUUUAAAGUAUUUAUAUUAUAUUCCACUGUAUGAGGUGGGAUUUAAAAUAGAGAAAUCCAGAAUUUACAGAAAAGUCAAACCUUUUGCGUUUGGGUUGAACUUUUAUUUCUUGUAUAUUUGCUUUUUUCUUUAUUAUAUUUUAAGUAGUUAAUGGUCUUCCUCAUGGCAUAUACGAUAAUUUCUGAUGAGAAUGAAAUAAAAAAAUAUAUAUUUC